UGGAAGCAGUCAUUGUUUCCCAACCUCCCCACGAGGACGGAGACGAGGUGUGGACACAGCUUGAAAUCGUAGCCAUUUAUUGUUGACAGUUAGUAGGUUGUAUAGUUCACAGGUUUUCGCUGCAAUGGGCGACUUUAGGCGCGGGAUUGAAAAUGACACCGCAAGCGCGCGACAAUAUUUCGCCAGUUAAAUACUGGCACGAGACGAUCUCGCGCAAGACGCGCCGAAAACGAAUUCAGCGGGGAGUGCGUAUCGGCACUGAAUUCUUCGUAAUGACUGAAUUUAUCAAACUGUGUUUAGUCAGACUGCACGCGAACAGUAACAGCACUCGCAGUACAUGGUAAAACAGCGUUUGUUACCGAGCAAUAUGUUCACGCUCUGAGGUCUCGUGAAGUCUUCAACGGUGACAAGACGGAGACGGAGGCGAGUCCGACAGCGGAGGACUUGGGCAGCGAUUAAAAAUCUAGGACCUUCCGUCAUUUGACCGGGCAUAUCCUUCUCCUUAAAAUAAUCAUCACAGACUCGCAGAGCGAGUCUGUGAGCUGUGCAGUGUGGGACGCUGUCUGCCCCGUUGUCAUCAGACGUCAUGAGCUGGAGCUUUCUGACACGUCUGUUGGAGGAGAUCCAGCACCACUCCACGUCGGUGGGGAAACUCUGGCUCACUGCGCUAGUUGUCUUCCGCAUCGUACUGACUGUGGUGGGCGGCGAAUCCAUAUACUAUGAUGAGCAGAGUAAGUUUGUCUGCAACUCGGGCCAGCCAGGAUGUGAGAACGUCUGCUACGAUGCCUUCGCGCCGCUCUCACACGUGCGAUUCUGGGUUUUUCAGAUCAUUCUGUCCGCCAUGCCCUCUCUGCUCUAUAUGGGCUACGCGGCCAAUAAGAUCUCCCACAAUGAGGAACUGCGGGGCGGCACGGGGGCCGGGGCUCCAGCCGCAAGUGAAUCAGCAGGGGACGGAUACACUCAGCGCAGACAGAGAAAGAUGUACUUUGGUGAACGGCAGCACCGGCCAGGACAUGAGGAUGGGGAAGAGGAACGCGAGGAUGACCCCAUGAUCUACGAAGUGCCUGAGAUAGACAACACGCGUCGUGGGUUGGUGCCACCGCGACCCAAAUCCAAAGUGCGCCAUGAUGGGCGCCGGCGUAUUCGAGACGAUGGUCUGAUGCGAGUGUAUGUGCUACAGCUGCUGACCCGCUCCGCAUUGGAGGCAGGCUUUCUGGCGGGACAGUACCUGUUGUAUGGCUUUCGCGUUGAACCAAUCUUUGUGUGCUCUGAUAAACCCUGCCCACACCAUGUGGACUGCUUCAUCUCACGUCCCACCGAAAAGACCAUCUUCCUCCGAAUCAUGUACGGUGUCAGCUGCCUUUGCCUGCUGCUAAACCUGUGGGAAAUGAUUUACCUCGCAGUGGGAACUCUCCGUGACGCACUACGCAAACGAAACGAAUCAACCACUGAUGAUGAGUACCAGCUCGGCUUGCUUGCGGCAGGGGGUGUGUCUGUCGGAGUAGGUGGGCCUUCACUCAGUGAGGGGGAACCAGGAGGCGGAGUUGUGGGUUGCGGACGAGAAGCAGACUACGUUGGUUAUCCCUUCUCCUGGAAGACCCCUUCUGCGCCACCAGGUUACAACAUUGUGGUGAAGCCUGAGACGAUGCCAUACACAGACCUGAGCAAUGCCAAGAUGGCGUGCAAGCAGAACCGUGCCAACAUCGCACAGGAGGAGCAGCAGCAGUACGGCUCCAAUGAGGACAACUUCCCAUCUGCAGGUGAGGUGAGACCCCCUCCCAUCAACAAAGAUGUGAUACAGUUAGAGGCAGCGAUUCAAGCCUAUACCUUGCAGCACCAUGCUAGCAAUAACCACGAUGAGAUAAACACCAAUGACAUAGACGAGAAGCCUCAGAGCAACAUCACCAAAGCACCACAGAAGGAGCGAAAGCAACGGUCCAAGCAUGGAAAAUCUGGGAGCGUUGGGAGCAGCAGCAGCAGCAGCAGCAGCAGCAGCAAGUCAGGAGAAGGCAAGCCAUCUGUCUGGAUCUGACAUUUGCAUACACACUUGACCUUACACUGAGUGGUGCACACUAUCAUCCAAUUCUGCAAGUUUUUUUAGACAUAAAAUGUCCUGUGUAUCCCACAGAUUACAAAGACUGCACAUUAACGAUUGGAAAAAUGCUGUAUAUCUUUUUGAAGUGUUUUCAGUGCCUUAAAGAAACUCCAAGAAUAGGAUGGAUUUUUCUUACUAUUUCUUGAUCUUCCUAAAAUAAUCUUGUGCACUCAAGAUUAUGUUAUGCUCUAAGAACAUUCCCUCAUAAUCCAGAAAUACCCAUCUGUUUUCAAAGUUGGAACUAUUCAGUGAGUUGAGAAAGUCUUCCUAUCGGAUUCAUUCAGGAGAGUGAUGACACUACAAUCCGAUUCCAAACCAGCUGUCUUCCUUUUUCCAGUGUUAAACAAUAACUUUUGCAUCACAAUGCCAAGCUAUAACAAUGCAAUGAUACACCAAUGCAAUGGUGGUAUACUGUGAUCUUCCAGACCCAACAAACAGUCCCGUGAAAUAAGCUGUAAAUCUACAUUUACAAACACACAAACACAUCCAGUACAAUUUAUAUUCAUAGCUAUGGGUGUUUGAGGAA